CAAGAGCGAAUGAAAUUUAUGGAAUCGAUCUAGAAGAUGAAUCUGAUCAAAAUAUAUUAUCAACGCUAUAUUCAUGUUUACCAAAGGAAUCUCAAGAACUUUUAAAACGAAAUGAAAUCAUGAUCGAUUCGCCAACGAUGGGAUCACCAAAUUAUAAUUAUCCGAAAUAUUGUAAAUUUCUUGAUACGGGAUAUAUCAAUCAAUUAAUUAUCGUUCAUCUUGGAGAAGAAAGUGAAAUUUAUGAAAGAACUUUAUUAAAGCAAGAAAUCUAUCAAAUGUUUAUCAAACAAAGUCCGUCCCUUCAUUACCUUCAUUUUCAUGAUCCACACAUUCCUCUUCCUUACUUUUCAGGUGUAAACGUAUGUAUUACACAACUUAAAGAAUUCUCUUGUGAUACGAGCAUUUCCCCAUCAAUAUUUUGUAGAAUGGCUCAAUUAUGUAGAAACAUUGACAAACUAUUAAUUAAAUGGGUUAAAGAGGAUAAUGAAGGUUUGGCUAAAUUGAUAGAAGUGCAAAAUAAUCUACGACAUGUUGGAUUAGAAUGUGAGGAACAGGAUGAACUGGAGGAAGAAAUGAAACCUUUCGAAUGUGUAAAAAUCGGUAACGCAUUCACAUCACAAGUGAAUUCUUUAUCACAUCUUUAUAUCAAAAAUUCCUUAUUUUGUAUUCCAUUAUUACCCAUUUCGAAAUUAACGAGAUUAACCUCCUUGGAGUUAAAUUUAGAAGAAAUAUUUCCGAUUGCUCUUUUAGAAUCAUUAU